AUUCGGGUCGACUCAUAUUACUCUAUGCAUAGCGACCCCAUAAUGCGACCCGCGUAGGCUGAACAGCCGCUACAAUCGUACACGUACCAUAUACCAUACCAGGGAUCUCGGAUGGAGAUCCGUGUUCGUCACCACCACAGACCGCGGCAUACACAGAGUGUGUAGGGGUACGGUACGAAGCCAGGAAAUUCUGGGCUAAGACUAAGUUGAACGUUAGGCAGAAACCGCCUUGGUUUGUAGGGAAAGUACCGGUACACAGCACCAUCAUGGCAGAGUGAGAGGACUAAAAUCAAGGGAUUCUUGGUCUUCAACAUCGUGCCAUACCUGCCGACUGGAUUGUAAUUUCGGAAAUCUCAAAUAGACCCUCGCCUCGGCUUCGCAAUUAUUACCUCUCGCUCGUUGGGCCUGGGUUGAACGCAGAAGCACUGCUGUAUAUAUAUAUAUGUACAAUCGGAAAAAUUCCCAUCGCGAUCGCCGCAAAGGAGAGCUCCAUUGAUUGGUGUGUGCGAUUCGGAGUGUGUGGUGACCCCGUAGCUGCUCGCAACACAUUGCAUAUUCUACGUGGGAAUAAUUGCGAUUGUGAUCGACGACAUUUACGGAGGCCGUUUCCUCAACUGUUUUCCGUCUUGCAGAUUUGACGACUUUUCUCUCAGUCGACAAAUUACUGGAUUAAGAUGGCGGAUUUAGAAGCCGUUUUGGCAGAUGUGAGCUACCUUAUGGCAAUGGAGAAGAGUAAAUCUACUCCGGCUGCCAGGGCAAGCAAGAAGCUCGUUCUCCCCGAUCCAAGUGUAAGAACAGUGAUGUACAAAUACUUGGAGGAAAGGAAAGAAAUCACUUUUGAAAAGAUCUUUGGACAAAAGCUUGGAUAUCUUUUGUUCAAGGACUACUGUGAGAAUUGUGCAGAUGUCCAAGUACAACAACUGCAGUUCUAUGAAGCGGUAGGUACUACAUUUAGCAUGUAAUACUAAUUGUAACAUUGAAAAACACUAACCAUUAUUAGAAACAAAUUGAGAUUAAAACACAAACCUACCCUGAACCCAACCUGUUCCAAUUUCUUUGCAGCAAAGAUGCAAGUUUGUAGAGUGGUACGAAUGUAAGUCAGAGAUAGGAGAAGUGCAAUUCGAAGUGUAAAAUAAAUGUCCAAAAUAUUGAAACAAAAUAUUUGUUUCUAGACCACUUUAAAAUCAUAAAGUAUAUAAAAAUCUAAAUUAAGUAAGGUCUCAGACUAGCUAAAAGUGGACAGGAACUUCAAACCUACUUGGUCUAAUCUGGCACUGAUCAUGGAGAGACAGUUUAUAUCUUCCUAUCCAUGUUAAUAAUAGAGAUGUAGACCACACUACCACAGACAUGUAUAUCCAUACCUAGGUGCAAGUCACAUCACAAUCACCUCCACUGAGAUUUUAGCCCCAUCUACAGUACAAGUAAGCUUAAAGGACAAGUCCACCCCAACAAAAAGUUGAUAUGAAUGAAAAAAAAAAUCCAACAUGGCAUGCAUAACAGUGAAAUUUUCAUCAAAAUGAGAUGUAAAAUAAGAAAAUUAUAUGCACAUCUUGCUCGGUAUGCAAAUGAGGAGACUGGUGAUGUCAUCCACUCACUAUUUCUUUUGUAUUUUAUUAUAUGAAAUACAAAGUAUAAUUUUCGCCUCAUUGCCAAGUGAAACAGUGAUUAAUUCCUCCCUGAACAUGUGGAAUUAGCAUUGUUUGAUACUACAUGUAUAUACAGUUCAGUCAAGUUGGUCCUCAUUGUCAAAUCUGUAAAAAAAACCAUGAAAAGUGAGUGAGGGACAUCAUUGUCUGUCUCAUUUGCAUGUCACUGAGUUCACUGUUUUGUAAAAAAUUAGCGAAACUUUAAAAUGUCUUAUUUUGCAUCUGAUGUUGAUGAAAUUUUCAGCAUUAUUCUAGUAUGAUUUUUCUCUGUUUAUUCAGAUCAACAUUUUUCUGGGAUGGUCUUGACUCUUGACCUUUAACAAAGCCAAAUUGUAAAAUCUUUUAUGCUUACAUUGCGCAUGCACAUACACUGUUGUGAUCAAUGCAGUAUACUUUUUGAUCAAAGACAAAAUGUAUGAUCUGUUUUGCUUACAAUGUGGUACAUGUAUGCCUUUAAGAUUGAUCUCUGUUUGUUUGAAGGUUUCCAUUCCAGAUUAGCAAGUGGUUUACACCCUACCUUUGAUUUCUUCAUAUUUGCAAAGAUGUUUGCUUUUAGGAUUAUAUGCAAUGAUAUUUUCAAAGUUUGCAUUGAGCAUCCCCUUUGAGCAUCCCCUUGUUUUCCCAACAUCUCAUACCCUGUUUAGAUCUGUCUCUCUCUGGUGUCACACUAGACAAUGGUCUGGAGCGAACACUGCAUGAAAUUCCUUAUCAAAACACGAGGUACACAUGCGAGGGUCGUUCAGAUUAGAACAAACGUCUGCGGUAAUCGCGAGAUACGAUGUGAUCGUACCUAUUCCAGUGAGGAGAAAACACGUGCUCACUCAAUUCUGAAAAAUUUCUAGUUUUUCUUCAUCUUUUCCAACAACUGUGUUUUUCUGGUUCUAUUUUUAAUUUUAUCUUCUUUUUUUUUAAUGAAUUUUUAUGUAUCUCCUUGUUUUAAUAUGUUCAUCUUCUAUUAAUUCUUAUGUAUAUUUUGUUCUCUCCUUUCGUUUUCUUCUUUAUGAUUUCUUAUGUAUUGUUUUAAUUCUUUCACUCUCUUUUCUAUCAAAUCUUAUGUAAUUCCAUUUUUGUCUCACCUGCAUAGCAGAGUGAGACUAUAGGCGCCGCUUUUCCGACGGCGGCGGCGGCGGCGGCGGCGACGGCGACGGCGGCGGCGACGGCGGCGGCGGCGUCAACACCAAAUCUUAACCUGAGGUUAAGUUUUUGAAAUGACAGCAUGACUUAGAAAGUAUAUGGACCUAGUUCAUGAAACUUGGCCAUAAGGUUAAUCAAGUAUUACUGAACAUCCUGCCCGAGUUUCAUGUCACAUGACCAAGGUCAAAGGUCAUUUAGGGUCAAUGAACUUAGACCAUGUUGGGGGAAUCAACAUCAAAAUCUUAACCUAAGGUUAAGUUUUUGAAAUGUCAUCAUAACUUAGAAAAUAUAUGGACCUAGUUCAUGAAACUUAUACAUAAGGUUAAUCAAGUAUCACUGAACAUCCUGCAUGAGUUUCACAUCACAUGACCAAGGUCAAAGGUCAUUUAGGGUCAAUGAACUUUGGCCGAAUUGGGGGUAUCUGUUGAAUUACCAUCAUAACUUUGAAAGUUUAUGGAUCUGAUUCAUGAAACUUGGACAUAAUAGUAAUCAAGUAUUACUGAACAUCCUGUGCAAGUUUCAGGUCACAUGAUCAAGGUCAAAGGUCAUUUAGGGUCAAUGAACUUUGGCCAAAUUGGGGUAUUUGUUGAAUUACAGCCAUAAAUUUGAAAGUGUGUUGGUCUAGUUCAUAAAACUUGGACAUAAUAGUAAUCAAGUAUCACUGAACAUCCUGUGCGAGUUUCAGGUCACAUGAUCAAGGUCAAAGGUCAUGUAAGGUCAAAGAACUUUGGCCACGUUGGGGGUAUUUGUUGAAUUGCCAUCAUAUCUCUAUAAGUGUAUUGGUCUAGUUCAUAAAACGUGGAAAUAAGAGUAACCAAGUAUCACUGAACAUCUUGUGCGAGUUAUAGUAGUUUUCAAAAUCAGCACUGCUGCUAUAUUGAAUCGCGUGAUGCAGGUGAGACGGCCAGAGGCAUUCCACUUGUUAAAUUCUUCUCUUCUCUUUUUUUCAAUCAAUUAUGUAAUUAUUGUUUUGAGUUUUCUAUCAUGUUUUCUUCCAUCAAUUCUUUUGUAUUUCUUUGUUUUAAUUCUUCUUGCAUAUUUUCUAUCAAUUUUCUUGCAUCAUUUUUCUAUCAAUUCUUAGAUAUUACUAUGUUUUUACUCUUCUUUCAUCUUUUCUUCUAUCAAUUAUUAUGUAUUUCUUUGUUUUAAUUUUUCUUUCAUCUUUUCUUCUAUCAAUUCUUAAUGCAUUUCUUUGUUUUAAUUUUUGUUUCAUCUUUUCUUCUAUCAAUUCUUAUGUAUUUCUUUGUUUUAUUUUUCUUUCAUCAUAUUUUUUCUAUCAAUUCUUAAGUAUUUUCUUGUUUUAAUUCUUUCAUCAUCUGUCAGCUCUCAUGUAUCAUAUUUUGUACUCUCCUUCCAUUUUCUUUUUUAUUUCUUAUGUAUUUUUAUGUGUUUUAAUUCUUUAAUUCUCUUUUCUUUCAAAUCUUAUGUAGGCCGUAUUUUUUUCUUUUUAUCUUUUUAAUUUUUUUUCUUAUGUCAGUUCUGUUUAGAACUUUAAAAAAAAAUAUUCUGUUCUAAUUAAUUCUUAUGUAUUUUUUGUGUUGAUUCUUCUUCUUUCUUUAUUCUAUCAAUUAUUUUUUAUUCUGUUUUAAUUCUUCUUCUUUUUUCUUCUCUAUAAUUUCUCAUGUAUAGUGGCGGACCGUGACCCGGAGGAGACAAUGAUUGGAGGGGCACUGUAUUCUUUGUGAACAAUGCUGUGCCCCUCCAAUGCUUCGUCCGCCACUGCUCAUGUAUUUCUUUGUUCCAUUCCUUCUUUCCUCUUCGUCAUCAUGUAUUUCUUUGUUAUAAUUUUGUCUUGAUUCAUCAUUAAUUUUUGCACAAAUAUCGAGACCAUGUGCUCAGAUAAAGGACAUCCAUUUUCUAUGCCGUGUUUACACCGUGACAGUUUAGAUCUAGAUUUACAGUCCAACAGUGGAUCACGCCGUGUAAUCUCGCGAUUGUGCUAGACUGUCUAGGGUGUAUUUUCCCUCACGAUUCCCUCAGAUUUUUGCUUUAUGCAGAGACCGUUUAGAUCUAACGACUCGUCUAGAACGACCUGCGGUAACCUUCGCAGGCACUGCAGAUUUUUGGCAGAUCUAAACGGGAUAUCAUAUGAUGUUGGUCUCUCAAUAUCUCAAGGGCUAAUUUGUUCACUUGAAAGUCAACUUUUGCUAGAAUUUGACCUCUAUCUGAUCUCUGAAGUGAGUCAUUUCACUUGAGAACAAGGAGAUGUAAACACAGUAAAAGCUCUGUUUAUACAUUCAUUCUCUUAAAAACAAGACAUGUGGCAUGGCCCAAAUAAUUCUAAAAUAUUUCCAACACAGUGUGUUUUGUCUCUCAUCGACUCUUGUAAUAAAUGGCUAGCCUUAUAAACCUUUGAGAUAACAUAUUAGUACGGGUAAUAAAAGAUAAAUCAGCCUGUAUUUCAUUUAUGUCGAGAAACUAAAAUGGUUUUGAGAGGAUAUCAGGAUAGACAUCUGUUUUGCUACUUGGUAUUAUACGAUAUGAAUGUAUUAAGUAGUGAAUUAGUGUAUUCAAGUGGGCCUAUUAAAUAUUACCAGACUACACUGCUGAGAGUUUUGCAUUAUGGGUGGUGAACCUGGCCAGAUGGGAGUAGUUGAGGACUUGAGGUGGGGCUAUUCAGUUAGCUGGUUAGCCCUUUAGAUUGUUAACUAUUACCCUCUCAAUUCUCGCUACCCCAAAUAGGAACAAAAAUCUCAUAAUGCGCGAGACGAGAUAAUUUUCACUCCGUCGGGUCGCCAUCACCACUUCCGGUUUAGAGUCAUGCUCGCGCGAGGUUCGCGAUACUGAGUUUUCCACCACGCUGAAAUAGAUGCCAAUCAGCGUAAUAUGUACAGAGUAUAAUACUUUUUAUUACAUUUGGUCAGUUUUGAUUCCAUUUGAAUUAU